AUGAUCGUUAGGUUUACCCUUCUCCUUUUAACGGGAAGUUUUGCAAUAGAAUUGGACCUAAGCAAAAGCGAGGAAGAAUGCCUUGAUAGAUUCAUCAAGAAACGAUCACUAGAGAUAUAUUACAGGGAUAAAAAACAAACUUGGGAUGAAGCUCGCAAUGAAUCCUUGGAAAAGGUAAAUGAGGUCUACGCGCAAGUUCUGAGCAUGAUAAACGAAUCGCCCGAACAAAAAGUGGUUCAAUCUUCCGGAGAUUAUUGCUACUUCCUCAUGGGGACCAUGGAAUCUGAAAUCGACAGCACGAUUAAUUCCUGCACCUCCCAGGGGCUCGCUCUUCCAUUUGAAAACGUCCCGAUCGGAGAAAUCUAUCCUCAACUGAAUAAAGAAAGAAAACCCCUGUCCAAGGAAAUACAAUCUCGAAUGAAAGCAGUAACAUCACUGACUGCAUUACACUCUGAACGGGUCUGGAUAGCUAACAUCGUCCAGGACGGCUUCGAAGGAUGGUACAAUCAGAACAACAAGCUUGGAAGUAUCCUGGAUAUCAAGCCGAAGAAAUACGCUUUUAAAAAUCCUUGUAACCCAUCGUGGGUGGCUAGUCACUUUGAUGACAGCAACAAAAAAUUCGAACCGUGGGUCCGAUCGACUGGAGAAGAAAAACGCCCCUUCACAUGCAUCAGAGAUACGACGCAAGAAUGGAACUUCCAGAGAAAAGAAAUCAUCCAAGUGCCCGAAAGACAGCGAAAACACUUCCCCGCAUUCAUGGGCAAUGAAACUCGCAUCGUUGUUCAUCAAUACUGCGAUCCCCCGCAAAUGACAAAAGACAGAGAGACUUGUCUUCCAUGGAAAAAGAACUGGAUGAAGGUUGAAGCAAUUCGAGAUACUUUGCGAAGGAAAAAUUUAGCCGUCAAAAUAAAUGAAAAAUGCGAGAAGGAUGAGAGAGGCACGGAGCAUUGCACGUGGGAUGAUGAAAUCUUUUACGAAUUCAUGAGACUUGGAUGGGUGAAAGAUUCGAAAAAUGGAAAGGCUGGUCACUGUGGAAUGAUUGAUCGCCCGGUCAACGAAUGUAUUCAGAUUAAAGAUUCAAAAUACGUUCUUCAAGAAUGCAUCCCCUGUCCGAGGGUAUGCGACGUAGAAGAUGGCUGGUAUCCGAGAAUGCUGAAGAGUGUACCGGUAAAGAACAUGGGACAAUAUCAAGGCGAAUACGAAGACUUGGCCGUUUGUAGUAAAACAUUCGGAAAAGACAAAGGUUCAGAACGACUGAAUGCAACAGAGGCCUUUCAAUUUUGCUUCAAUCUUGGCUCGUUCCUUGCGAAUCCGCAAUCAUUAAAGAUGGACAUGGAGAUGUGCUGGAUAGGCGACACAUGGCUGGAUGUAGAAUACCUUCAAGAAAGCGGAAAUCCCGGCUGGUUUGCUAGAACAAAGCCGCCGAUGAUGAGCAGAAUCCGAACUGCACCAGAGAUUUACAACAAUUUUAACACGAUAUUUGAUACGUACGCGAAGAAAAUUAUAAAAGAAUUCAUCGAUACAAAAAACGCUCAGACAAAGGCAAACAAUCCUGACGAACUCCAAAUGUAUCAUGGGGACCUUCCACCUAACAGAUUUAAAAUCCCACCAGUUGGAACAUUCGCGAUCUCACACCAACUGACUAAAGAUGGGGAUGUGAAGUAUGUACUGAAAGAUGCUACAGGAAGGCCAACACUCGGAUCACCUGUUUGUGAGAUGGGGCCGAAAACGGACGAAGAUCUUUACUGGGGUAAGUUCUAA